AUGUCGUUUAGAAACAUCGCUACCAGAUCGCAAUUGGCCACCAGGGCCUUUUCAGCCACCAGGGCUUAUUCGUCGGGUUCAACGGCUCUAAAAGAGAGAUUUGCCGAGCUACUACCGGGUUGGCAAUCGGAAGUUAAGGACUUGAAGAGUAAAUAUGGAGAGACGGUGAUUGGUGAAGUGACGUUGAACCAGGCUUAUGGUGGAAUGAGAGGAAUUAAAGGACUUGUUUGGGAAGGUUCUGUGUUGGAUCCAUACGAAGGUAUCAGAUUCAGAGGAAGGACGAUUCCUGAGAUCCAGAAGGUUCUACCAAAAGUAGAAGGAGGUGAAGAGCCAUUACCAGAGGCAUUAUUCUGGUUAUUAUUGACCGGAGAAGUUCCUAGUUUUGAGCAAACCAAGUCUUUAUCGGAAGAUUUGGCCGCUAGAUCGAAGUUACCAAAGCAUGUAGAGGAUUUAUUGGACCAUUGUCCAGCAACUUUGCAUCCAAUGGCCCAAUUUUCCAUUGGUAUUAAUGCCUUGGAAUCGGAAUCGGAGUUUGCCAAGGCUUAUGCCAAUGGUGUAGGUAAAAAAGAGUACUGGAAGUACACGUACGAGGAUUCUAUUAACCUAUUAGCCAAAUUGCCAACUAUUGCAGCCAAGAUCUACAGAAAUGUGUUCAAGGACGGUAAAGUGGCUCCUGUAGAUGGAUCUGUUGACUACGCAAGGAACUUUGCUACUCAAUUAGGCUUUGGAUCUAACAAGGAAUUCAUCGAGUUGAUGAGAUUGUAUUUGUGUAUUCAUUCGGACCACGAAGGUGGUAAUGUGUCCGCUCAUACUACUCACUUGGUCGGUUCUGCAUUAUCGUCGCCAUAUCUCUCUUUGGCAGCAGGUAUGAACGGUUUGGCUGGUCCAUUACAUGGCAGAGCCAAUCAGGAGGUUUUGGAAUGGUUGGUUUCGAUGAAAAAGGAGUUAAAAGGUGAUUUUUCGAAAGAGAAGAUCGAAAAAUACCUUUGGAAGACUCUUAACUCCGGUAGAGUCAUCCCAGGUUAUGGUCAUGCCGUUUUGAGGAAGACUGAUCCUAGAUAUAUGGCUCAGAGACAGUUUGCUUUGAAGCAUAUGAAAGAUUACGACAUGUUUAAGCUUGUUUCUACCAUCUACGAAGUUGCUCCAAAGGUUUUGAAGGAACAGGGUAAGACCAAGAAUCCAUGGCCAAAUGUUGACUCUCACUCAGGCAUCUUGUUACAGUACUAUGGAUUGACUGAGCAGUCAUUUUAUACCGUUUUAUUUGGUGUUGCAAGAGCUUUUGGUGUUCUUCCAGCCUUAAUUAUCGAUAGAGGACUUGGAUUCCCACUUGAGAGACCAAAGAGUUUCUCUACUGAGAAGUACAAGGAGCUAGUUGAGAGUCUUGCCAAGAAAUAG